CCCCUAUAAGACCGGGACGUCCUGGCGCCGCCGCCGGAUUGACGCUCUGGAUCUCCGCCACAAACCUCCAGCCAGCCUGAAGCCAGCUCCUCGGUCCCGCGGAUGGACGCCGUGGACCAGUGAGCGGUCUGGACUUUGCCCCUGAAGGAUCCCGGUUGUGUUUUCGGUGACGGCGCUCAGAUCAGUUCCUCUCCUCCAAACUGCCUCUUUGGGAUGUUGAACUCCGUGAAGAUGGAAAAUCACGAACUGCCGGAGUGGAAUACUUUCUACAGCGAGGCCAGCGAGAUGUAUUCCUCUCCCAGCACCAUGAACUCUGGUUUGGGCUCCAUGGGAACCAUCAACAGCUACAUCAACCUGAACCCGGCCACGGCCUCGCCCGCAGGCAUGAACAUGGCGUACCCCAGCAGCAGCCUCAGCAGCUCCCCUCUGGCCUCCAUGGGCUCUGGGCCCGGCCACAUGCCGCUUUCCCCAGUGGCCUCCUCCUUGAGUUCGGGCUCACUCACUCAGCUGGGCACUGCCGCGUCUUCCUCCUUAGGUUCGCUAUCCCACUACCAGAACAUGGGCCAGUCCAUGAGCCAGCUGGGAUACCCGUCCAGUACCUCUCUGAGCCGGACGGGGCCUAAAGAGAUUCCCCCUAAACCCUACAGGCGCUCACUGACCCACGCCAAACCGCCAUACUCCUACAUCUCCCUCAUCACCAUGGCAAUCCAGCAAAGCGGAAGCAAGAUGCUGACCCUAAACGAGAUCUACCAGUGGAUCAUGGACUUGUUCCCCUAUUACCGCGAGAACCAGCAGCGCUGGCAGAACUCCAUCCGCCACUCGCUCUCCUUCAACGACUGCUUCGUCAAAGUGGCUCGCUCACCGGACAAGCCGGGCAAAGGUUCUUACUGGACGCUGCACCCACAGUCUGGAAACAUGUUUGAAAACGGCUGCUACCUCAGACGCCAGAAACGCUUCAAGAUAGAGGACAAGGCAGCAAAGAAAGGAGGCAAAACCCAGGAGAUGAACACUGGGAAGGGAGGCCACAGUGGGGACAACCUGGUGGAGGAGCGCAGCCCAGCAGGAGGCUCGGAAGGAGCUGACUCGGCCCACUCAGACAACUCCCACCCCAGCUCCUCUUCAGAUGACCAGCAACACCUGAGAAACUCCCUGGUUCCAUUAGACUGCCCUGCGCUUUCCUCCUCACACCUCCACAGCCCACCGGUUUCUCUUCACCCUUCUUCAUCCACCUCAUCAUCCAUCCCGCCAUCCUCCUUGUCCCUGUCCUCCACCACCUCGUCCUCCAACCUGCUCCUCCACACCCAGUCCUUAGGGGGUAAUGUUCACCUUUUGCCCAGCACCGUGCAGCAGCACAUGGACCUGCAGAGUGACGCUCUCAAGUCCCUGGACCCCCACUACAACUUCAACCACCCCUUCUCCAUCACCAACCUCAUGUCCAAUGAGCAGAAGAUGGACCUCAAGUCCUACCAGGACCAGGUGAUGGCUUACAACAGCUAUGCCAGCGGGUCUCCUGUGGGAGCUAAGCAGAUCUACGACAGCCCAGGUCCGGUUACCAUGGAUUCAGGCGCUUAUUACCAAACUUUGUACAGCCGCUCGGUGCUCAACACCUCCUAAUGUGGACGCCCGCCACGCCCGCGUGCACGCGUGAGCUGGUGGAGGGGCUGCUGCUCCUCAUCUAACUGGACAUCUGUCUCUGUCUCUCUGUCUGUC